CGCAUGCGAAACCCUCUUUGACUGAGAAUCAAGUGUAACAGCGACAUGGCUGACAGCGAGUUCGAAGAAUUUCGUCGAGUUUUCGAUAAAUUACCACAGCACAUCAAAGCCCCAUCAUCAUUUUACUCAUUGGUGCCAAAUGUGGGAUUGGUGGACGAGUCACCUUCAUCUAAAAGUGAUGGUUCACCAGAAGAUGAUAAAGGGGGGGUUGGAGAUGCCGAAACGGUAAACGGCUCUACAGGAGCUGCAGAUGCCUCGGCCGCAAACCAAGGCGACGUCACCGAUUCACAAUGCAGUCCUAGACAUCAAAACUUUACCAACGGCGAAAGAAAACGAAGAAAACUUCCAGAAAUUCCAAAGAACAGAAAAUCCACAGUCAUGGGUUCAAAUCAGCCAGCAUCGCUGGCAGAUGAAUUAGGGGCGCUAUCUGGUGGCAUAGUUCGCCCAGGAGGUCAAAGUCGACCUCUGUUGGUACUUAAGUGCGGAUACCUCCUAGACGAAGACUCCAGUCCAGACUCAGAAAGACUGCAAAGUCUAGGGGAUGUAGACAGCGGUCACAGUACUGCCCAUUCACCCAUAGAUACCGGCCCAAAAAGCUUGUCGCCAACACCACUUCAACAAAAUGUGCAAUUCGUGGAUGCUUACCAAUUUUCUUCAAAUUGGGUAUCACCAACCUCAAGCUGCAGUAUCAGUGGUACUAAUUACUCAGGCAAUAUGACGACAGUUCCCCACAGCCAUCUAGAGAUAUUAGAAGCGACCCACAGAGGCCUAUACAAAUUUAAUCCUAGACAUCAUGAUGAACUGGAACUAGAAAUAGGAGACCCCAUUUACGUUCAAAAGGAGUGUGAAGAUUUAUGGUCUGAAGGAGUUAAUUUAAGGACUGGGCAGCAAGGAAUAUUCCCAUCAGCAUAUGCCGUGGAUAUGGAAUAUAAUGAUUUUGAUCCAGCUAAUGUCAAGAUUAAAAGAGAAAGAUAUCUUCUCGGGUACAUGGGAUCAGUAGAAACCUCGGCGCAUAAAGGUACAGCCGUUGUAUGUCAAGCAGUUAAAAAAAUUAUUGGAGAUUACACAGGAGAUUUUGAAACUCAGACGUGUAUUUUGGAAGUUUCUGACCAAGGUUUACGCAUGGUCGAUCGUACAAGACCUGAAACGAAAGGAGUGAAGGGACCGUGCCUUGAUUACUUCUAUUCAUUGAAGAAUGUUUCUUUCUGCGCAUUCCACCCGCGUGACCACAGAUAUCUUGGUUUCAUCACUAAACAUCCGACUUCACAAAGGUUUGCAUGCCACGUUUUUCGAGGGAUGGAAUCCACAAGACCCGUAGCUGAAUCUGUUGGGAGAGCAUUCCAGAGAUUUUACCAAAAGUUUAUAGAAACAGCCUACCCCAUAGAAGACAUUUAUAUAGAAUAAGUUUAGUUUAAGGACGUAUAACGUAUCAAUUCAGCAAUAUAACAAGCUUUCACACUUUUGCCGAAGACUAAAGAUAAAGACAACAUAAGUAGGUAUUUAUAUUACAUUUGAAUAAAAUUAUGUACGUUUAAAGUUACAUAUAUGUACUGAGUAAUGGUAUCUGGUUAUCACAUAGCUGAAAUAACCAUUCAGACAAAUAUCUGUGAAUAUCAUGGGCUUUAAGAAAUGUAUCUUUAUCUCGGUGUCGAUAAAUAUGCCUUCUAAGGAUAUUUUCUUAAGUAAAAAGCAAUCACAUUUACAUUAAUGUUUGUUAUUAAAAAGGACGUGGUUUGUAUUAAAGAGGAAGUACAUCAUUGUAAUCGAUGCCUUGCGCUGCGCCUUGCUUGCUGAGGUUAUUCUGUAAAUUUAGAUAUAAAUAAAAUUAA